AUGGGGUGGCCAGUCCUGCUGCUGCUGGCGGGUUUCCCUAGUGCUGCGGCGGGUGGGCAGGACCCAGGCUGGGGCUCCCAUGCCGCCUCCGUCAUCACUGUGUCCAACGGGGGCCCAUGGGGCGACUGGGCCUGGCCAGAGACGUGUCCCGAGGGCUCCUAUGCCGCUGGUGUCAGCUUCAAGGUGGAACCGCCCCAGGGAGCGGCGGGGGACGACACGGCGCUGAACGGCGUCUGGCUGCUCUGCUCGCCACCAGGGGCCGGCGGCACCUCCUCCGCCGUGGAGUCACAGAGCGGCCGGUGGGGCCGCUGGUCGGAGCCCCGCUGGUGUCCCCACCGAGGGCACCUGGUGGGCUUCGCCCUGCGGGUCCAGGCGCCCCAGCACCGGCUCCUGAGCGAUGAAGUGGCCGCCACAAACGCCCGCUUCAGCUGCUCCAACGAGCAUGUCCUAGAGGGGCCGGGCAGCGAGCGAGGCGAGUGGGGCGGCUGGAGCCUGCCCUGCCCAGGGCGGGUGUGCGGCAUCCAGACACGGCAGGAGCCUCCGGGGGGGCUCCGGAGCGACGACACCGCCCUGAACGACCUACGUCUCCUCUGCUGCAAGAAGUGA